CACCGCACAAAAAUAUUUAAAUAAUUUUAUUCCACACCUCAACUUCUACUCUCAACACCAAAUAUUAUUCUCUGCGCUCGAUUUCAGCCGCUACAAGCCUGGCCAACUACAACUGGAAUUUAGCCUUCCAACAUCCACUACACACAUACACAGUCGCAUACGCCGUCAGCUCAAACGCUUUUCACUAGACCGCAGGCUACACUCUCUCUUUCGGUGCACAAGCUGCGUUAACGUUCCUCACACACACGCUCAAAACUUCGCAAACAGCACUCGUUCAAUGUCGGCAAUAACGAUUUUCCCCCUCCAAUACCGUUACCCGACCGGUGUUCCAGUACGACAUGUGAAUAGACCAUGCCGCAGCAGCUGUCGCUUCGCAGCCUCAGUCGUUUGGAAUCCUUUCGUGUGUCUGCGCGUCCGCAAAACGAGUGCGCGUGUAAAGCUGAAUUCAUCCAGUGGUGAUUACCUUCCGUAACGUUGCGACUAUUGAAUAUAUUAAUAGCGGUUGCUUGAGAACGAACAGCUGUCGUACAGUCCGAGAAAUCUCGAAAUCCGAAGCAGCGCCCGCACACGAAAGUGUGUAAUUAACCGCUACAUUUAUCUGCAUGUAAUACAAAAUAAUUUAAAGUGCACAAAAAAACAUUGAUUAUCAAUUAAAUCACUGUGAUUAAGGUAAAAGAGAAUAAUACAAAAAACCAUAAUAAUGCUAAGUGUGCAUCUAACCGCAAAAACGUUUAAGUGCCAAUAAGCUAAAACACACGUGCCAGUUAAAAGCCAACGAGGCAGAAGUCAAAAUCGCCUUGGUUUCAGCCCGAACAUUCCGCGGCUGUAAACCCACUCAGUGCCACAAAGGAAGGGUGAUUUUAGCGCAGUGAAGUAUAGCUAUAUUGAUCAGGAAUUUAAAAUGUGUGUGUGUGCAAAAAUGUGAGUUCAAUACGCGCAAUAAAAAAUCGAAGCGAAAUAAAGUUACAAAUCAAUAGAAGUGAAAAGUGCCAGAAAAACACGACUGCACCGUAGACACUCACAGCUCAAGUAGGGGCUGCGACAAACGAGGAAAAGUGGAAAUUCAGUACGCACGAAUACUCGCAGUUCAAAGGCGGCAAUAAAACAAUAACAACAAAACGCAACAAAAAGUCUAUAUAAAUCAAAAGUCAAAGUGGCAAAUGAGUGAUGUCGCCGAGCAAAACCAAAAAGAGGUCGAAAGACUUGCUGUUACGUAGCCUCUGAAAUCGAACUGUGGAAAAGUAAAGCAACUUUGUUGUAGCGGGGCUUGGGGCCUGCGCUGAAUGCCGCUCAAAUUGAAACCUAACUAAGCGUUAACACAGCAACAAGAACAACAAGAUCAAGCGCAAACGAAACACACGCAAUCAGGAGGAAUGUUUGGCAAGUGUGGAAACUAAAGCACAAAGCAAACAAUAAUGAAAAUUAUAAGUGGGUUGCACGUGAGCCGAGUGUAGAAAUGAUAAAGCAAAGUUUGCACACAUUUAAACUUCAGUUACAGCAGCGCGAGCUCUUGAUUUCGCACAGAAAGUAGCUGACCAAAGCAAAGUGAAUCAAAUACAUUUGCAACGCUAACUGGAGCGUAGCAUUGAGUGGAGCGAACUAAACCGUUAAGCGGGUAUAAUACAAAGUGCGCUCAUAUGUGUGACUAUUUGCAGGAAAAUAUAAAUAUAUGUGAAAUCAAAAAAUGGAAAGAAAGCUGUUUAAAUAAUAGAAAGCAAAACAAACUAUGUGAGAAAGUGCAUGUCUUCGAAUAUAAAGAAAAUGUUAUUAAUAAUAGAGAUCAGAGCAAAAGCAACAAAAGUUGUCAGGCUACAAACUUACACAAAAGAAAAUAAAGCAAAAACUACUAACAAGACCGCAGAGUAGGAGGCACAAAGCCGCCGAAUCAACAAUUGAGUAAAUUUCGUCUGUUUGCACGUGCAAACCAACAACAAAAACCAGCUUCAGAUAAAGGACAGUCAUAGCCGCUAUCUGAGCCACACAACAACAGUUUCGAGAACAAAACUGCCAAUUUUCCCAACCAACAAACAAAGCUAAAAUUAAUGCAUUUGAAAAAAUCCCAAACUAUUUUCGGCCCAAAUCAGACUUUCAGUCAGCCAAGAAUAACAACAACACAAAAAUGCAACUCAGCGUUAGACUAAAAUUCAACACACCGCUUAGAUAGAAAAAGCUUAAACGCCACAACAACAUUAGCAUAGCCAAAAACAGCGAACCAAAGAAGAAAAACUUUCGAAAUGUUUCAAGACAAGCGCGCGCAGCAUGCGUUUGAAGCGCGCUUUAUUGAAGAAAAACGCAUCUAUACUACAACAACACACGCACGGAUUUACGAAAAUAUGACCAAAUGCCGAGCAAUGCACAACACUACAAAUACACCUAGCCGGAUCAACAAAGCUGGUAAAGCCACUUGUCAUUUAACGAACUUCACCCAGCGUUUGCUACAUUUCAUGUUGUCAACAGUCGCUGCACUGUUGGUGGCGAAUGUAUUUUUACCGCACUUGGCCGAGGCCUCCACACUGGAGAUCUAUAAAAACGCGCGACUCGGCCAUCGCAUUGUACAGACCCGUUAUGGGCGCCUACAUGGCCUAAUCUUACCGUUGGAUAAUUUUCGCUUUCUGCGCUCGGUAGAGGUGUUUCUUGGCGUACCAUAUGCGACGCCACCGACAAAACAAAACCGGUUUAGUCCGACACGUGCACCCGCACCAUGGGACGGCAUACGCAUUUCGGACAAAUACAGCCCGGUUUGUCCGCAACGCUUGCCGAAUAUACAAAACGAGACAGCGGCGUUGGAAAAAAUGCCCAAAGGACGCCUGGAGUAUUUGAAAAGGUUGCUGCCAUAUUUGGAAAAUCAAUCAGAAGACUGCCUCUACUUGAAUAUAUUCUCGCCAAAUAAUGCGGGCGCCAACGAAAAGAAAUUGCCCGUAAUUGUGUUCAUACACGGCGAAUCGUUCGAGUGGAGUAGCGGAAAUCCUUACGACGGCAGCGUGUUAGCGAGCUAUGGCGAAGUGGUCGUUGUAACGCUUAAUUACCGCUUAGGAAUUCUUGGCUUCCUGAAUGCUAACCCGAAUCCGCAGGCACACGCGCGUGUUGCUAAUUACGGGCUCAUGGAUCAGAUGGCCGCGCUGCAUUGGAUACAGCAAAACAUACAGAAAUUCGGUGGUGAUCCGAAUGCGGUCACCUUAGCAGGGCAUGGCACUGGCGCCGCAUGUAUCAACUUCCUCAUGACUUCGCCGACCAUGGUGCGUGGGCUCUUCCAUCGCGCCAUACUCAUGUCCGGCUCGGCGUACUCGUCGUGGGCGCUGGUUGAGGAUCCCGUGUCAUUUGCUAUCAAGUUGGCCAAGGAGGUGAACUGUUCGAUACCGGAAGAUUUGAAUAAGCACCACGAGCAGAUAGUCGAUUGCCUGCGCGAAGUGCCGUUGGAGGAUUUAUAUGCAGCGGACAUACAAGCGCCGAGCUUUCUGACAUCCUUCGGACCAUCGGUUGAUGGCGUCGUUAUACGACCCGGACACUCCAAUUUCGAUAUCGAUGAUUUAAUGAUGCGCAGCGCCAAACGUGCCUCAGCAGAUGGCGGUGGCGGCGGCAAUGGAUUCUUUGGUAGCAGCGCUUACACAGGUGGCCCGGGUGGAGGCAGCAGCUUUGGUGGUGGAGGUGGCGCUUCUGCCAACGGUGGCAGCGCCAAUGGCGGCAGCAGCUCUGCAGGUGGCGUUUACUACAGCGCGUUAACGGCAAACUAUGCGAGCAUGAGCAGCGGCGCCAACCUCGGUUUGGGCGGCAAUGGCGCCCACUAUGACGUGCUUUUCGGUGUGGUGACUGGCGAAUCCAUAUGGCGUUUCAGCGCACACGACAUUCAGAACGGUUUCGAGGGCGAGCGACGCGAUAAGAUUAUUCGCACUUAUGUACGGAAUGCCUACAAUUAUCAUCUCAAUGAGAUUUUUUACACGAUCGUUAACGAGUACACCGACUGGGAUCGUACGUCGCAGCACCCGAUUAAUACACGCGACACCGCUGUGGCAGCGCUGUCGGAUGCGCAAUUCGUAGCGCCCAUCAUACGCACCGGUGACCAAUUGGCCGCCAAUUCGCCGCCGCCCAUAUCGAGCAGCAGCAGCUCAGGUGGCGGCACGUCUUCAGCAUCGACCGCUGCGGGUGCACAAUCGGGACGCUGUUACUUCUACGUUUUCGACUAUCAGACAAAGGACGGCGAUUAUCCACAGCGCAUGGGCACGGUACAUGGCGAGGACUUGCCCUAUAUAUUUGGUGCACCGCUCGUGGAUGGUUUUAGUCACUUUCCACAGAACUAUACGAAAUCGGAGAUAGCCCUGUCCGAGGCGGUGAUAAUAUUCUGGACAAAUUUCGCCAGAACUGGCAAUCCGAAUGAGCACCAUCGUCAGGACUCCGUGCUACCCGCCUCCAAAGAGCGUAAUCGCUUCCGCAGCACCAUUUGGGAAAAUUAUGAUCCGCUGCAUCAAAAGUAUCUGGAAAUCGGCAUGAAGCCUCGCAUCAAGAACCACUUCCGGGCACACCAGCUCUCUAUUUGGCUACGCCUCAUCCCAGAGUUGCAUCGCGCCGGCAUGGAGGAUGUCAUUACGCGUCACAAUUUAUUUAAAAAUCAUGAUGACAUGAAUUUGUAUGAAGGGCCCGUGAAACCGGAUCCCUUCGCUUCGACGCGCUUGCUACUCAUCGAUGAUGCGCUGCUGCGAAAGGCUGGACGUGGCGGCAACCUGACAGGCAGUUACAUAAGCGGCGUCUUGGGUGUGACCACCGUGGAGCCGAAUAUGUUCACCACAUGCAUACCCAUCGGCGGCAAUUACACACCCGGUGCUGGCGCAGCCACCAGCGGCGCGUUCGCUCCCAACACAUUGGCCAACUCCUCGACCGACUCACUGUCCUCUGGAUUUGAGGCAGCCGGCUAUGCGGCAUACUCUACGGCACUAAGCGUGACCAUUGCCAUCGGUUGCAGUCUACUCAUCCUCAACGUGCUCAUAUUUGCUGGCGUCUACUACCAGCGCGACAAAACACGGCUGGAGGUGAAGACUUUGCAGAAGCAAUACCAGCAACGCAGCAUGCACCAGCAAGUUCCCUAUCCACCCGAUCCCAUUAAGCACGCGCACUACCACAUGGGACAUUCGCAGAGUGCAAAUGUUAUUGUAGACGUGGAGAAUCAUGGUGGCGACCCCAGCGCUAUGUUAUUGGCCGCCGCGGCAGCAGCCGCAAAUGCAGCGGACGUUAAACCACCACCAUCGCAUAUUUGCGCAAACACCGGCAUGCAGAUGGGCGGCUCAGUGCAACAACAACAAGCAGGUGGCAGCAGUAUUGACCUCUGUGGUAUAGCAUCCUCGGCCGCCAAGCAACAGCAGCAGCAGCAGCAACAUCAACAACAACAGCAACAAGGCGGCACUAUUAUGGUCAGCGGGUCGCCAGACAUAUCCGGCGGGCUAAUGGGCAGUGGUGGCAGCUGCAACGUGACCUAUAGCACGACAACUAAACAGCAGCAUCAACAACAACAACAGCAACACAUACAACAACAGAUACAAAGAGAGCACAUGCAAAUCAAAGGCAUGAAUUCACAAACAUUCGGACGCAUCGCGACAAGCGGCAGUGGCAGCGGUGGUAGCGCAGUCACAAUGACCAGCAAUAUCGCGUACAAUGCCGGCAUGAUGACGCUCCCUAAGGCCGGCGCAUUACAUCACACCAACUCCGUGAAUUACGGACGCAAUUCAGGUGUGAGUGGCGGUGCUGUUGGCAACUCCGGCAAUGGCGGUGGUACCAGCAUAACGGCAGCGCUGCUCGACUCACGUGGCAAUUUAUUGCUAACUAGUGGCGCAGGCGUAUCUAUGGGUGAUUGCAUGACAUUGCCCAGGAACCUCGCUGCCUCUGCAGCACGGCAUAGCACCGUGACAGACGCUCAACAGCAGCAACAACAAUAUCAACAACAACAAGUCGGCGGUAAGCAUCAACCAAAUGGCAGCGUCAUGACUGGUGUGAGUGCCCAGCAGCAACAUAUACGAGCACCACGCCCACCAAUACGCACAGCCUCCUCUGCGCUCACCAGUGGCAGUGGCAAUGGCAGCGGCAGCGGAGGGGUCGUCAACAGUGGUGGCGUGGUAGUUAGCGGCAAUUCGGCCAUUUUGAACAAUCUCAUCGAUCAGACGCCAUCGAACGGUAGCAGUAGCAGCGGCGUCAGCAGCGCACCCUCCAGUAAAGGUCACUCACAUCAUCACCUGCAUGCGCAUGCGCACUCGAACGCCAUUGCCGACAGCAUCGGUCUGACGACCACAACGUCAAGCGGUAGCGGCGGCGGCAGCAACAGCAUACAUGCCCAGCAACAAGUGCCACAGGCGGCGAUCGAUGAGAUGCGCGUCUGAUAGGUGUCGGUAUUCGAGCUGGAAUUAUAGUCUUCUUGCUCAAGUGAUCAGCUGAAUACGGACAUGCACGAAGAAGAUUUCACCGCAAAUAAGCAGGCGGAAAAGGAAGACGAGGUAGACGUAUACGCGCCAGCACAACCAUUCUGUCAGCAAUCGAUGGCCCUGCAACGCCUGCAAUUCGCGCAUUCAGCAUCGGUGGCGUCCGUGGCAUCAAUGUCACCGGCAACAACACCGCCACUUUCAUCGCUGUCGCCAACUCAAGCUGCCGCCACAUCAACAAAUGUAUUGAAUAAGAAACAGAAACAACAGCAACAACAACAGUAUCACCAGUCACCAAUAAAAAGCUCAAGCACGUCGACAGCCCAGCCAAUAAUUUCAGAGCCCACAGUAGUGGCUUACCAGCAACAACAACAACUGCUGCCAUACAGACAGCACGCACACCGAAUCACACACCAGCAACGACAACCACAACAAUCGCAAGCAGAGCAAAUGAUUUCCGCAACCGGUGUCAGCGCCUCAGCGGCCGCAGCUUAUAAACGGCAACAACAAAAACUGCGAAAACUACGCGAACUGCACUCACUCGCCUUGGAGGGUGGCGACACGGCGCGCGGUUAUUGCUCCUGCGACGAGCAAUGGACCUCAUCAUCGCCGACCACUUCCGGCUCGCCAACACUCUCGUGCACCGAAGGACACGAAAAGACAUCCGACGGAAGUGAAGGCAACGAAACAGCAACAGUAGCAACAAAGACCGAACGGGUGACAGGAAACGCGUACAAACAAAUGAACGUGACAACAGGGCAUGGCCGAUUGGCAGUCGGCGGUAAUGACGCUGGUCACAGCCGGACAUGGCAACCACCCAAUCGCAACAGCAACAAUACUAAGAACAACAGCAUCGAUGGUGGUGGCAACAUUUGGUCGGGGACUCGAGCAAAUGAGGUCGCCAAGGCAGCAGCGGCCGUGGUGGCGGCAAAGGCAGCUGCCUCAGUAACGUCGACAAAGACGACGUCCAUGUCGGCUGGUGCGUUACGCCCUGUACCGGCAUUACGCCUCAAGCAACAGCACCAUGUGCGCUUCUCGGACGAAAAGAAUUUUUCCGAUUAGUUUGUUACAGCGUCGAGAAAACGGACACAAGUAGAAAGUAAAAAACAAAAUUGAGGGCAAAACUGAUGAAGACAAAUAAAAAUGACUGAGCAAACUAAUUGGCGUAGAAGGGCGAAUGGCGGCAAUGACUCGGUUUCAUACAAAGGCAAAGCAAAUUCUUUGUGCCGCAGGUAGCUCAAAAAGUAUUUGAUAUUUUAAGGCAGAAAUAUUUCAUUUUAGGAUUACGUACAAAAAGGUUGCGCCGACGUUCCAUUUUUUUUACACGGUCCACGCCGUUCCAGUAUCUUUACAGCCCACUUGGACCUAAGAAUAUGCUGAUUGUAUAGUAUAUUGCCUAUAGUGUGAAUACGCAUGUCCAAAUAUACAUUCCAUACACUUGAGUAAAGACCGAAGAUUAACUUAAAGUCUAGACAGGCGCGACGAGAAAACGUCACAAAGCAAGAUAUAACAAUGCAUUGUUAAAACAGAUAGAAGAUCUUUUUUAAGUGAGUGAUGGGAGGACGCCAAACCACACAUUUUUUUACAAGAGAGCAAAAAUGUUAAUUAACCGGACUUCCAAAACUUAUCUCUCGACUUUGACUCGGAAGUUAUAAACGGAACUGCAAUGGAUAUUCAGACCAGGAAUUCAACCCAGUUAUAAUUGUGAGAAUGUAGUAACGUUCUUUCUGAUUUUAUUUACAAAAAUUGGACUAAGAUCUAAGAUCUCUCCAUACUAUGAGUCCCUUUAAGACUAAAAAAACUCGUACCCUUCUUCCAGAUUAGAGUUCAAAGAACUAUUAGCAGCCCAAGUUUUCAGUAUCGGGUAGUAUAAAGGUAAAAAAUAUCAAAACACAAAAUGCCUUUAACGUUGAGGUAAAAUAUCAAAAUUUUCAGAUCGAUAUCUCAAAUAAGAGAGACUAGUUCGCAUACAAAAAGACAAAGAGGCAGAAGGACAUGGCUAAAACGACGAGUGCAGGUCUUUUAUAUAGUUAUAUAGUUUAAAGGUCUCUGACCCUGGCAAUGCUCCGUUCAGGGUAUAUAUAUUAUUUAACGGAAUGGCUAUGUGAGACUAGUUUAAAUUUUCCCCUUAACACAAACCGACUUUCGAACUGAAAUUUAAAGCAUUUGCUAUUGUCUAGAAACAACAACAAAUACACAAUGAGAACAUUAAUGAAUAUUUUUCAGAUUUCUAAUACACAAAAAAAAACACAAACAAAGCGCCAAAAAAGAAUUGCACAAUAAAGCUGUAAAAACAAGCGCUAAUUUUUCUAUUUGGUUUUUGUUUAGCAUUUUUAUUUUUAUACUAAAUACAAACUAACAAUAACAACAACAUACACAGUUUUUCACAAACGCACCGAAAAAAAACUAAAACAAUGACAAUACACUAAGAGGAAACUAGAAAGGAAAAAGUGGCAAGGACACACGUUAUUUCCAAUUAAAAUUAUUCGACAAAUAUAAAUGAAAAACCAAAACAAAGCACGAAAGCGAAAGCGAAAGCAUAAAAAAUGAGGAAACAAGAAAUUUUACACUAAAAAUACAAAACUGAUUCUCAAACAACAACAAGCAAAUAAAAGUUUGUAUUGCCAAAAGUUUAAAAAAAACCAACGUAGAGAAGUAAUCAUCGGCAGGUGAACGCCAAAAUGUGCAUAACUGUAAAAACUUGCUGGCGUGAAAAACUAAACCAGAAAUUUUCAAGUAUUCACGGCCAAAUGCUUAUAUGUACGAUGCAAGCAUAUGUAGCUAUACAAAAGUUUUCUUGCACGCGUGUGUUGUUGUAUUUUGCUUAAUCGAUGCAAUAAUGUGUUGUUAGUACCCAUUGAUCCCCCUGUUCAUUUGAAAUCCAGCCGUUUUGUUGCCAAAAAACUAUUUCACUUCAAACUAUUUCACUCACCUUCAUUUACUCACGUUUCGGGUAAAAGUUCUGCUUCCGCUCUAUUUUGUUUGAUUUCUCUUCUGUUUCGUUAGCAAUUUGCUGUGUGGCCACCUGCAUGAACAAAAAAUAAAUAAUUUAAGCGUGAAUUGUAUGCUACCACUACUUUUUUGCUCCACCAUUUUAGAAACCGCUACCCCAGUUUGGUAUUUUGCCCAUUCACCAGUGCCUCUUAAACUGUCCACCGCAUUAGGGCAGCUGCAUUUGUUAUUGAUAUUGUUUUUUUUCAGUUGUUGCUAAUGCAAAAGUUCUAACGUGUUUUAAUAGUGGUGCGCACUGAUUUUGAAAAGGUUAAUGAAAACAAAGGAAACACCAAUUUUGGGGUUUCAACGUAAGCGUGUAUCGCCCACUGAUUGCUUUCAUCAGGCUUUCAAACUUUCGCUAACAAUUUAAAACUGCAAUGAAGUCAAUUAGCAAACUGUUUGGCGCAAUUGAGUAGGAAUUUCCAAAAUUUUGAUUCAUUCGGUACACGGUUUACCGCUAGAUUGACCUGUCGAAACACAGUAUUUAAAUUAAACGUGAAAACUCAGUUUUCAAUUUUCCUUCACACUUUUGAUACAACGGCAUAUGCUUUACUACCUAUCUAGCGAGCAAGAGUAGAGAACUAAGCAUGCUGGCGAAAUUGGUACACCCAGUGCGGCUAUGGCACCUGUUAUGAUUAGAUGAAAUAACGCGUUUCUUCAAAUAGUCAGCAACAUUAUGGAUUUCACUAGAACUAACACAAAGCACGGUAGGAAGAAUAAGCGGUUUAUAGAAGGAAUUUAAUCUAAGAAUACUAAAACCAAGCGCCGCUGCAAAGUAAACAGUCGACAUAUAUUUCUUCCUUGUACCAUAAAGUACAUUUAAUUGGAUAUCAGCAGCAACUGUUGGAGCGUUUCAUGGAGAGUUUAGGUAUAAUAUCUCGCUCUACAAUUCUGAUUACUGUAGGUUUUAUUUUUCGCAAAUGCCGAUUAGGUAACACCUGAAAGCCUGGAUUAAUUAUUAGACCUUAUUAGAUAUUUUUGCGAAAAUUUGUGCUAGAAACAUGUCUGCCAAUGACAAGCAGCGAAGACACCAUUCACUCACCUCUGCGCCUGUCUUUUUUCGUUUUAUAUUAAAUGUUCGUGGUGUUUAACUAAAGCCGAACUCAUAUUGUGCUGAUACAACAAAACCGUGAAAUCGAGGGUGAAUUUCGAGAGCUACAAAACAAUUUGCUCAAAAUAUUUACAAACAUGAAACGAAGUUUGUAGUAAAAUUAAGAAAAAGUAUAAAGUAAAAAUAAUAAUUGUAGGUGAAUGAAGAUGUAUGAAAACCAAAUUAAGUUUAAGUAAAACUCCUAGACUGCACCGAAAACAUAACUGAAAUAUAAAUUUAUUACAAUACUUAAAAAAUAACAACAAAAACCAGCAUAGUUUAUAAGCAACUUUUAAUUGUAGCAGGAAUGAAGAUAUGGUUGCCAUAUAAGUAAUUGUAAAAUUAAUGUAAAUAUUAAAAAAAAAAUUAGAUCAAAUUGAACUUUAAGCAAAAUCUAAUAAAUAUAUAUGUACUUGUAACUAUAAUGUGGUUGGAAGUUUAAUUCAAACAUAUAGGUAUGUGUGUGUUUACUAUAACGGUAUUCCAUGUCAAAACACAAUAAUUUAAGUGUAUCAAUAAUAAAUAGCUAAAGGACAGUUUAUCUCAUUAAGCAUAUAAGUGUAAAGAUUUAAGUGUAGUUCAAUUUAAUCAAAUAGUCUAAAAAAAAAGUAAGUGAAAUUUAAAUGGAAAAAUCUAAUAAAAAACGCUCUUAAAAAAAUUAAGCAAAUAUUUCUGAGUGAGAAAUUAAACUGACUUGUUACCGUUGCACACAAGAUUUAUAUACAUUAUUUAUAUACAUAAGGACAUCCGUUAUUUCCCACUUGAUUUUUUAUUUUUUUUGUUUGCAGACGCCGCGUGAAAUUUCAGGUUUUGUCCUAAAAAACGGAUCCAAAGUAAACAAGUUCUUUUUUUUCAAUUUAAACCAUACCUAAAUCGUAUUACUUGUUCCGUUUUUGAAAUGGAUUUUUAAAAAUUUUGCAUAAAACAAAUAAACCUACAACUUUUGAAAAUAGGUUUUUUAAAUAAAAAAUUUAGUGCUCUACAAAAAAGUCAUGUUGAUUAAUUCAAUAGAAACAUUCAUUUAAAAAUUAUACGCAGUUAAAGUUAUGCAUCAAAUGCACUGUACAUAUUCCUACAGUACACCAUACCGUAUGAGCAACAUAUAAUUUAUAUGGCGCUUGUAUGAAUACUAAGUACAUUUGAUGCAUAACUUAAACAGUGUAUAACUUUUAAAGCAAUAUUUUUAUGGAAAACACCAACCGGACCUGUUUUGUAGAGCAGAAAAUUUUGUAUUAAAAUAUAAUUUUUUCAAAGUUGUAGACUUGCUAGCUUUAUGCGAAACACCAAAAAAUCCGAUAUUAUAUACAUACACGCGAAAAGAAACAUGAUUUAGACAUUAAUUGAAAAUAAAGAGCUUGUUUCCAUUGAAUCAUGUAUUUUAAUCAAAAACUGAAGCUUCUAUCGGCAUUUGUAAACAAGUCAACUUGGAAAAAACGGACACCCUAAAAUACAUAUAUAACGAUAUAUUAUUUUAUAUAACCAUGCAAUUCAAUAAUUUUCAAUAAACUACUUGUUAUUUUGUGCAUAUAAUUUGCAUGUAAAAACAAGUGAAAUAUGUUAUGACUAAUUAAAGAAUAAAUGUGUUAUAGCUUUCUGAAAGUAUCUACUUAUAAUAAAAAUUUACAUGUACAUACAUUUAUACAAACAGCAUACAAUGAUACUAAAGAAACUGUGAAACUAAUUAAAUAUAUCAAAGGCAAAACUGCAUAAUCUAAUUGUAUGUAAUUUGUUUAGUCAUAAAAUGCGAUAAAAGUGUGCAAAACAAACUCAUAAAUAAAUAUAUGUAUGUACUCGUAUGUAGUUAAAUAUUUAAUUGAAUCAGAGCGCAUAAAUUUUGAGAAAGUAGAUGAAAAAGCAAAAAAUUAAAUUAAAAUAAAAAAAUACUUCUAUAAAUUUUCAUAAAUGUAUAACGGAAAAGUUACCAAUAUACCCUACACAUACACAAAAAGAAACCUUAAAAAGCAUACCAAAAAAAAAUUUACUUUUAAGCAGUGACCAAUAAACUAAGCUGACUAUUAAAUAAAAUAUAAACAUUAAAACUUAGCAAAUACGUUAGCUAAUUAUUGUUAUAAUUAAAAUUAAUUGAAAAAUAGUUGUAAGUUUUUAAAUAUGUUUUUAAUAAAGCAAAAUCGAGGAAAAUUCAGACUAAUUUCGACUUGCGCAAAGCAAAUAGUGAUUGUAAAAUUUCCUAUUAAAGCCUAGAACAAAUUUAAAAAAAUUUACUUAAGCUCUCGUUUUGUUUACUUUAGACGAAAAUUUAAUCAAGUUUUUGCCGCAGAAUAAACAGAAAUUCAAAGCAGAAUCUGCAUAUUUUAUACUCUAAAACUGUACUUUUCUUUGUGGGCAACAUUUUUUUAACGCGAAACUGCAAUAUAAAAAUAUUACAUUUUUUAGACUAUAAUUAUGUUGUUCUUAUUUUUGUUAUUUUACUCCUUAUUUUCAUACAGGCAUUGCCACAAAAGUUCAUAAAACAAUUUGGAAAAAUACAUAAAUGAGCAUAAUAAUUCAGUAUAAUCGCAUAAGUGCAUAGCAGUGAGAGAAAUAUUAUGAAAAAUACUAUAAAAUGAAAUGAAAAAAAAAACGAGAAUUCAACAAGCGAAAGAUCAGCGAAUUAACACGUGACAUAAUUGAAAAAUAAACAAAACUUGAAUUAUCAAAAAAUAUA